GUUGCUGGACGUUACCAGUAGCGGUCGAACCAGUGCCGAUAACACCGCAAUGGAGGCAAGAGUUCUUCUCCUUACUGCCUUGUUGAUGGCUGUCGAUGGCAGAUGGAUAGUAGAUGGUGAUGGGUUUUAUCACUUGCCGCCCGUCUGCGGUUCAGAUGCUCGUGUAUAUAGCAGCAUUCACGAACUGGAGUACGCUAAAUAUAUCACAGGGAUAGAAGAUUUGUAUGAGGUACCAUUUAGUCACUGUGAAAACCAGGCAUCAACGAACCCAGCCAUCGUUAAUCCUACAGAACCGGAGUGGAAGAAAUUCGUAUUCCCACUUCAUUUCAGAACAAAGGACGAAGGUUCAAGAUUAUAUCCUAACAACCAACCUAGGAAGUUUGCGCUAGGUGACGACAGCGAGCAUAGAGAUGUGCCGUACAUUAAGGCGCAGCUUCAAAAAAUGACGAAACAACCUCACGAAGUACGCUAUCAUAAUUACAACGAAUUUCGAUAUGAGGCUCCAGAAUCUAGAGAAUCUCAGAUACAUCGUUCAGCCCUAGUGUCUCGUGAAGACAAUCUGAUACAACUCAGUCCUCGUAUAGGCGAAAGUUACCUGAACACACAGCUACCGACUCGCUUACAAAAUCCAAAUAUCCGACGGAAUGAUUUCGCUUAUCACCAGUCUAUUAUUCCAAACCAUCCACUGGACUUGUUUGCACUUGCAGCACAACAUAAACAAAGUGGAAGAUAUCCAUACGUAACCUACGAACAAGUGCAAUAUAACACAGAAAACUCACCAAUUGAAAAUCAAUACACAGCUUCAUACAUUUCGCCAUCGUACAAUGAAACGAAUGACUCUAAACCAUAUUUAAAACAAUGGCCCGAAAUAAUAAGACACCGAUAUUCAGUUCCAAAUCAUGAAAUAAACAAAUAUCUUCGCCAGUCCAUAGAUGAUUCUGCUUAUGUUUCACGAAAGAACCAUCAACUCACAAAACAGAAAUAUCAAAAGAUUGAAUAUCUGUUGACAGGAAUAACGCGUAAGAAAAAUCAACAAAAACCGCUUGAACAAGCAAAGGGAUAUCCAGAUGAUAAACAGAUGCCUGACCAGACUCCAGUAAUAAGCCAGCGAAUAGGCACAGAUUUGCUGCUUGCCAAUUUUGCAGAGGGGCAGAAUGAAAACACAAGUGAGAGCCAAAGCAACGAUUUCGAUACAAACAUUCAGCACUCAGAAAACACUAAGCAAUCAACGUGUCUUUGUGGCCAGCCUAAGUCAAAUGCAGACUCCCUUAAUGAUCACGGUUCAUUCGCAAACCAGCAAAUAGGCAGUGAGAAACCGUCCGCAGAAAUUUCAAACCGACAAAAUAAAACUGAAACUGAAACACAACCCAAUGACUUUGUCAGCAACAUUCAAAAUUCACUGAACGGUCAGCAAACUACACGUGAUUGUUACAAAGCUAAUGUACAACCAGAAACAAUUCGUCAUGAAACACCAUUCAUAAAGCAAUCGACAGAUACCGACGUAAAAUCCGCAAUACUUCCAACCGAGAAAAAACCACAAAUAGGUGUUUCAGCUACCGGCAUUCAAAAUUCAUUAAACAGUCAACAAUCUUUGUAUCCUUAUAAGCAAGAAGUACAAGAACAAAUUCUUAAUCCAAUCCCUUUAACACAGAAACCAGUAGGCGUUGGUAUCAUUCCCACAGAGAUUCCAGCAGAACAAAAUGCAACUGAGAACGGGACACAAAUCAACUCCUUACCUACGAGUAUUAAUAAUUCAUUAAACAAUCAGGAAUUAGUACAAACGGAAUACAUCCACAGCCCAACUUCUCUCGAAAACGAACCAAAAGGCGUUAACACCUCCACAGAACGUAGCUCGAAACUAAAUACAACUUUGAGCGAUACACAAACUAAGUACUUACCUACCAGCGCACAAAACUCAGAAAAAACUCAACAACUAAUUGUGCCUUCUAAGGGAGAAAUACAAACGCAAAAUAUUAAUAUUCAAAGUCCCUUCAUACACCAGCCAACAGGCGUUGAUGUCGUCCUUACACAAGGUCCAACCCAACAAAAUACAACUGACAACGAAACACAAGACCAUGAAAUAGCAAUCAGUAUUCAAAAUGCAUUAGAUAAUCAACAAUCAAGACAACAAUAUAAAGCGCAGGCAAAGCACAUUCGCCAGCCCACAGGAAAUAGUGAAGAGCUCCCAGAUGUUCCAAAUAUAACUGGCAAUGAAACACGAACCAAAGAAUUCUUAGACAACGACCAAAAUUCAUUGAACAAAACAGCCAACAGCCAACAAGUACCACAGCCAGAAGACAUUCCUGGUAAAAUUCCUUUCAUAGACAAGCCAAUAGGUAUUAAUCAAAAUGUAACUGACAACAAAACACGAAUCAGCAACUUAGCUACCGACAAUCAACAGUCAUUAAACAGUCAAUCAUCAUUAUACUCUUAUAAGCAAGAAGAACAUCAACCUUACCAACAAAUUUCUACUUUAGCUCCAUUCACGCAAGAGUCUGAAAACGAAAGUGAAACUAAGGGUUUAAUUAGCAACGUACAAAACCCCCCAUUAGAUCAGACAGGGAAUGUGACUAAUGAAACCACAAUAAGUGAAACAAAACUUUCUCAUGAUUCUGAAGCAGAAACUGAUAAACUGAUUAUUAAUGUAACACAUACGAACGAUGUGACAAAUAUUAAGCAAUCUUUCAUUUAUCUUCAAAAGUCUAACACAACAGACGAAAUCAAUGAUAACAAGACUAAUACACCUGGUGUGAAGAAUGCAUCCAAUACACUGAAACCAACACCUAAUAAGCCAAGUAAUCAAAAUCCAGAACGUCAGAAAUCGGUUCCUCGGAGACCAAUUACUCGAAAAAUUUUCAUACGAUUACCAGUCAUUCCAAAGCGGGCAGUUUCAGAAUCAGGCGCCCUAGAUCUGUCUACACCACCAACCACAUCGACGCCUUCACACACCUUCGACGGAAAGCGUUCAAAUUUAAGCUCUCCUGAUAACAUAUCAGCAAGCUAAAGUGUACCAGAAGAAUGUGAUUCGUGAAAGGGCGUUAAAGACGUGGACCUGCAGAUCUGGAAUGGAGUUCAGCCAAUUUAUUAGGCUCGUAUAUUUAAAUAUUAUUGUAGUCAUUAGCAUUCACUAUUCCUAAAAACGUGUCUUAUAUUUAAUUUUAAUUGCAUACAUUUCAAUGUUUUUGUGUAGAUUACCUCGUUAUUUAAUGAACAAUCUAGCACUUGUCUGCAACAGUGUCUAUUACUUGGGGAAUAAAUUAUUAAAUCUCAUGAAACAAAUGAAAGUGUCUUUAUAAAUGGAGUUACACACAAUAUAACAAAUAAAAUACGCUGAAACUUUGUUGUUAUUACCUUAUAUUCAAAUGUAUUUUUUAUCUUGGAUUAAAGUUUUACAUAUUAGCUUAAUUUCACUCAAUCAUUAUGUCUCUAGAACAUAUGCCUGAGACUUGUGUCAUAUUUAAUUACGGUAAUAGUAAAAUAAAACUGUUUCAUGGCCA